AUGACUGAAGCUGGUUCUUUGCCUCAUCAUUACACGCAUACUCUGCCAUCCGAUGCACUGGAAGCAGUGCGCGCAUGUUUACUGCGCGAAGUUGGAACAACAGAUUUCGCGUCUUCCCUCUAUGCAAUCGUAGCCAGGGGAGCAUCCUUGUCACAAGUAUCACUACAGGAGGAUUUGCUCUUGGCAAAGAUCAAAGAGCUUGAGGGGCAAGUAAACUCCCUCAAGCAGAUGUGCAAGCGCAAUGGCGCAGCGACUCACGAAACAUCGGGAACAAUUUUUGCCUACGAAAAUCUGAAAGGACAUCACGUGAUCAAAUAUGGUUCUCCAUUUAAGGAAGCAGUCCUGAACGAUAUUCUAAGGGCAUACGCCCCGACAAAUAGAGUGAAACACAAAACAUGCCUUGUCAUCACGGAGUUCCUGCGCACAGUAUUCAAACAGAUUUGCGCACCGGAUCCAUCCGACAUUUGGAAUUAUGCUCAUCGGACUUCCAACAUAUCCCGCGAACAAGAUUUGAUCGACUUGCCGGAAUCUUUGAUUAUAACACUCACGGACUUUGUGCUGGAUGCACUGGAUCUAGGCUGGCGAGACCUGCAAGGGCACAGGCUUAAUGCUCUGAGAAGUUCUCGUGAUAGCUGGUGGCUAUCGUUAGGCGAAACUGACGACGAACGCGACAAAAAGUUCAACAGCCUCCUUGAGAAAAAGUCGUACUGGAGUACUCAAACUGGACUUUGCAUUUCCGAAGCGCUGUAA